GGGAAACCAUGUGGUUGUGAUCCGAUAUGGGAGAGUUAUACACAAACCUGUUUUACUUAUGCAUUACACUGUCAUUGCCAGCAUUGGUUAAGAGUGCAUUUGUAGAAGUUGACAAGGAUACAAAACAUGGUAUUGACAAGGAAGUAAGAGUUGAUAUAUUAGAAUAUAUACCAAAAGAUUUAGGGAAAUACCAAAACCAAUCAUCUGUCUGCUUACAAAAUAUCAACCAAUGUAAAGAAUGCAGUGAUAGCAAAUGUCAACGCCCAGUUAUUCCGGAUGACGAUUUUGCCGCCUUAAAGGUUAGAGCUGUGAUGCCUGCGAUUAAUUCAAUAGAAUUUCUCACUGUUGUCUUGAGCAGAGUUGAAGUAUCAAUAGAUAUCCUUGGACGAGUAAGAUUCACACGAUAUGCAAAGAAUAAUGCUAACGUGGCAUUACAAAGCGGAAAUAUCAUAAGGGAGAGCAAUCUUACCGCUCUGGAGGAACUGGCUUUAAAUGCAAACGCAUUACGUUCAGCUUUUAUAGAUAUAGACAGACGUUUGAAAGCAAAAAGUAUAUUUAAAAAGUUAAGAGACAAAAUCAAGAAAGGACUAAAAGGAAUUGGCCGUCGUCUGAAAAGAUUACUGAAGAAAUGGUGGAAAAAACUUAGAAAACUUUUCGGGAUAUCCGGCAGCAUUUGGGAUACAAUAAUCGAAAAGUUGAAGAUAAAAGAAUGGAUUAAAAGGCGAUUGAAAUGUAUAUUCAAGAAGCGCAGCAAAAUCAAAUGCUGCGUAUUUCCAGAAUGCUGCAAAACUGUUAAAAAGCUACCUUGGACGUUCAUUUGUCCAUUAAUCAACAAAAAGAAAGUCUCAAAUGGAAGAAAAAAGAGAGACACAGAUCAAUGUGCUUUGAAAUGUCCAGUCUGUAAAAUCAACCCAAGUGGGACGAGUGGAACAGAUCUUGCAGAAACAAUCUGUCAGUUAGACGUUGAUGAUAUUGAAAAUAGACUGCAGAGGCUAACAUACCUGGUGGAAGAUAUAACACAGGCUAUCAAUGUUACCCUCAUAACGAAGAUUGAAGUUGACGACAGUACAUUAACACCAGACUCUGAUACAGUUAACAGAGCUUUCGCCAAAUCUAAAGUUACCUACACUCUAAAUGGCACAGAUGUUGUGUUUGAACCAAAUAAACCAUUAAGCGUUACUGACAGAGAACUAACUGCUGAAAUGUUAUCCACAGAAAUUAAGCGAAAGGCAACAGUAGUUAUACCAUAGUUUGAAACUAAUAAAACGUUUUCUUUGAAAAUAUUUAGGGUCAUUUAGAUAGCUAGAUAACUAAUAGUAUUGUAAAUGUAUGAUA